CACUGAUCACCGGGAAAUGCAAUUUCCGGUUCUCGGCUGCACUUUCCUCACGCUGUCAGAGCGCGAGCAAAGUACUGCAGAGAACCGGCAGUUGUCAGAGCAGGGAUCGGCACCAAUCAUCAGAGCACUGAUGAUCAGUACCCUGAUGAUCGGUGCCCAGCAGUGCCACCCACCAGUUCCGCCCACCUUUGCGCCAGUCAGUGCCUAGCAGUGCCGCCAGUCAGUGCCCAGCAGUGAUGUCAGUCAGUGCUGUCUAUCAGUACCCAUCAUCAGUGCCGCCUAUCAGUGCCACCUAUCAG